AUGGCUCGCCGACGACGGCCCCCCCGCUCGGGGGCCCUCACAGAACUCCCGCCGCUGAAGAUACUUAGCCAGAUCGCAGCCCUGCAAGGCCUUUACUACGCAGCCGCGAUGGUCCUAAUGUUCUUUAAUACUCUGGUCGCUGGGACGCGGUUCAGUGCUGACCUGGUCUUUGGAUGGGCGGCCGUACGCGGCGAUUCAGCCCAAGGCUGGCUGAUGGGGUUUAUUUGGAUUUUAAACGGUGGGCUGCUAAUGGCAAUCGCUAUCGUUCUCCUCGUCGGGCGCUCCAAACUUGUGCUAGAUUUUGCUCUGUCGCUACAUGCGGUGCACCUUGUCAUUGUGACUCUGUACACGGGGCAACUACCGCGCCAUACGGCAUGGUGGCUGGCAAUGAUAGCCGCGAGCGCCGUUUCUAUUGGUCUUGCCACGUGGGGUUGCCGGCAUCGGGAGUUGAAGCCAAUAUCGUUUGGUGGGAACAGCUCGAAUGCUGCCGCUGGCGGGAGCAAUGAGGGGGGCUUAGGGGUAGGAGAUGACAAUGCUGGGGACGAGGAGCAAGGAUUUUCACGGGGGAGGGGACGCGGCCGAGGAAGAGACGGGGCCGGCGACUAUGAGAUGGCCGAUUUGGCCAAUAACACCGGCGGAUAG